UUUAUUGUCUUAUUAAUGAAUACUUUUCUUUUUUGUGGAGCAGGAGAACUUGUAACAAAGCAAAGCAAUGCAGUAUACCGUGCAAUGUGCGAUCUUGAAUGGUACAAAUUGGAAUCAAGGAAGGCGAGAAGUCUUAUUUUGUUAAUGAUGCGAGCUAAGUAUCCUUUUUGUAUCACUGCAGGAAAAAUUUUUCCGUUAACAAUGGCUACUUUCUGCAGUAUAUUAAAAUCAUCAAUGGGCUAUAUAUCAUUUUUAUUGACAAAAUAUGGUUAA